UAUAAAAUGGAAGUGUGAAAAUGAGCCAAAUGUAUAAAAAAAAAAAAAAAAAUGAGAAGAAAUUAAGAGAAAAAAAAUUUUUUUUCAAAAUUUCCUAGUUUUAUUUUUGAGUGUCUAAAUAAACAAGAAUUGAAAAUCAAAGAAGAAAAAGGAAAUAAAAAAUUGAAAUUAUAAUUAAAUUUUUUUUUUAAUUGUUAAUUAGCUGCAACAAUAGAGCAAAAAAAAAAGUUAACAAAUAUUUUUAAAAAAAAAAGCAAGCAAAGCAAAAACAAAAAAAUUACAAUUUUAAGAAAAAGACAUCUUGAGACAUGACAGAUUUAGGAAUUUUAUUGGAAUCUAUGUCAUCUGUUUUUAACAAAUCAGCACCGGAUAAUUCAGUUUUAGAUUUAAAUGAAGAUAAGACCCUAAAGUGGAGAACUUUGCAAAAUAAUCAAAACGCUUGUCGAAAGAAAGUUGACGGACAAACAACAAAUUGUAAUAAUAAUAUAACAUCAUCAACAUCAUCAUCAUCAUCAUCAUCAUCAAUAUCGUCAUCAACAUUGUCAACAACAAUAAAUGUUAAUAAUAAUAAUAAUAAUAAUAUUUCAAUAUUAAAUUCAACAAACGGUGUUAAUAAUAGUAAUACUAUUAAUAAUAAUAAUUGUAAUAAUAGUAUUAAUAGUAUUAAUAAUAGUAUUACUAAUAAAAUAACAACAAUUGCUACAACAACAACAACAACAACAACAACUAAAACAACAUCAAAUAAAAUAUGUAAUUUAAAUAAAGAAGAUGCAAAUAUUGAUGCAAAUAAUUCUUUACAAUUAAAUAUUAAUGAAAAUAAUAAAAUCAAUAAUAAUAAUAAUUGUAAUAAUACAAAUCAUAAUAAUAUGAAAUCAGAUCAAUUAAAAAAAUCUCAAGAAAAUAAUAAAAUUGAAAAUAAUAUUAGUAAUAGUAAUAAUUUAAUAGAUAAAAUUGGUAAAAAUAUAAACAACGAUAUAAAUAAUUUAAAUAAUAAUAAAAAUAAUUUAGAAAAUUCGGAUAAUAAUAAUAAAAAUAUAAAUGAUAUUGAAAAAGGAAAAAUUGAAAUAAAAAAAGAAAAUUUAAUAGAUGAAAUAAAUACAAAAAAAUUAAGUGGUACGUCGUCGUCAUCUUCGUUGCCGUCAUCAUUGACAUCGUCAUCAUCUGUUAAUACGACAAAUUCAUUAAUUCCUGCAACUAAUAAUAAUUUAUCGAGUACAACAACAACAACGGCAACAGCAACAGCAACGUCAACAACAGCUACAGCAACAACAACAACAGCGACAAUAUUAACAACUGGAACUAAAAGAACAAGGUCUUCUGAACCAUCACCAUCUGAACGUUGUUUAAGGCGUUCAAGGCCAAAUGAAACAUCAUCAUCAACAUUAGCAACAACAGUAACAACAACAGCAACAACAACAGCAACAUCAACAAAUGAAACAUCAAAUGAUUUAAAAAUUACAUCAAAUGCAAUAACUAAUAGUAGUAAUCAAUCACAACAACAACAGCAGCAACAACAACAACAACCACGUAGACGUGGUAGAUCUAAAAAAAUUCCAAUUACAAAUACAAUUGAAGAUACAACUGAAUCAAUAAAUAAGAAAAAUAAUGAUAAUGCAAGUAAUAAUAAUAAUAGUAAUGAUGGUCCAACAAGCGGUCCAAAAAAAUUACGUAGAAAUUAUAUAACUGGUAAUAAAAAUGAAAUAAAUUCAUCAACAACAACAACAACAAAUGAAACUAAAAAUGCCUUAACGGAAACAACAACAUCAGUAACAUUAACAAGUUCAAGUAUAACAACAACAACAACAACAACAACAUCAGCAGCAACAACAGGAUCUACUGAAAAUAAUGAUGUUAAAAAAUUAGAUUUAGAUAUAAAAAAUCCAGAUAUUAUUCAAAAUAUUAAUAAUAGUAGUAAUAAUGUUAAGCAACAACAAUUACAACAACCAAAACAUAAAACUAGACGUAGCACUAGAUUGGAAGUUAAAUUGGAUAAUAAUGAAGAAGUUAAUAAUGAUACAAAAGAAGCUGAUUCUGCAAUUGGAACUGAAAUUAAAGAAGAAAUUCCAACACCAACUGAAGAAAAAUCAUUCAAUUUAGUUGAAAAAGUAGAGAAGAAUGCAAGUACACAGCCACCGGUGGUAGCCGAAAAAUCACCACCUAAAAAACGUGGUCGACGAGCAAAAGUACAACCGCCACAACCAUCACCAAAUGUUACAGAGAUAAAUUCACCACCACAUACUUCACCAGAAUCAACAUGUACCGAAAUAGUUACAACUUCGGCAACAACUGUUCCUGUAACAAUAAAUCCAACAUCAGUACAAACAACUACAACAAUCACAUCAUUAUCAAAAAAUAUAACAACAAAACAAGGAACCAAAGAAAAUAAUAAUACCAGUAUUCCAUCAUUAAAAUCACAACGUCCUCUUAGACGUAUAAAACCAACACCGAAAAUUCUUGAAAACGAUGAAUUAAGAUAUGAAUUUGAAGCAAAAAAUAUUGCAAGAAUUACAGCAUGUACUGAAAUGCAAUCAAAUGAACUCGAAUCAAUUAAACAAUCAAACAAUAAUAAUAAUAAUAAUGGUAAUAACAAUAGCAACAUUAAAAAAGAUAAAGAAACAACUAAUUUAACACAUAGUACAUCAAUAAUAACAUCAUCAACAGUUACAAGUUCAAAUGAAAAAUCUACAAAUUCAUCUGUUUGUAGUGAAAGGAGUUCAUUAAACACAGCCAUUGCAAAUGAUGUUAAGAAAAAAUUAUUUUCAAAAAAGAAUGGCAAUACACUGCAAGCUCGAACAAUUGUAUACCCUCCAAGACCAGAAAAGAAACCUUGUCCAGAUCCGGAAACUUUCUUAAAUGAAAUAAAAGCAGCUAAAUUAAAUUUAAAUCGUUCACCUGAAGAUAAAAAAUUAAAUCGAAAACAGCAACGUCGUUUACUAAAACAGAAAACAAAACAUUUCGAGAAAUUGGGUUUACGUAGAAAUACAAAAGAUGAACUUACGGAAUCAGAUAUAUCUUCGGGUGAAGAUGAAUUUGUUCCAGCAAAUUCUAAGAAAAUCAAUGUUGGAAAAACAAGUGUUACUUUACGUAUUCGAGCAACUAGUAGUAGAGAAAACAAUAAAGAUGCAAGUUCUGCUGCUGCCUCUUCUAAUAAAACAGCUCCUAAUAUAACAAAUAAUAGUAACAGUAAUAAUAAGACUAAUGAUCAGACUAAUUUGGUUAAACAACAACAAGUUCAACUAUCACAACCGCAACUUCUACAACAACAACAGCAGCAACAACAACAAGAGCUACAGCAACAGCAGCAACAACAACAGCAGCAACAACAACAACAGCAGCAACAACCUCCACAGCAACUUCAACCGAAUCAAAAGCAACAGUUAUUUGUUCAACAAAAUGAUGUGAAUAAUUCAAUAAGCAAUUUAUUGAAACCAUCGAGUAUUAAAACACCGUGUCCAAUUCCCAUAUCAACUACAGGUUCCGUUACUAUAACACCAAUAACAAGUGGAGGUAUUCAAAGAAAAAGGAAAAAUCAAAAUAAUUCACAAACAAAUGUUCCAUUAAUGUCUGAUUCUCAACAUUCUAAACCAAAAGAAAGUUUGAUACAAUCCCAACCUGUUGAUAGUAAUAACGAAAAGAGUGUAGUUACAACAGUACCUCCAAAUGUUGUUAUUGCCACAAGAAUUCAUGUGCCUGAAAAUUUAAUAUGCUUUUGUCAAAAACCUUCUCACUAUUAUACUAGAAAUAUACCUGGAACCGCAUAUUGUUGUGCCAUUGAUAAUAUUGAAGAACAAAAAGUUGGAUGUUGCAAUCAAUUGUCUGGUGAACUAUUGAAUUUACUUAGACCUAGUCAGCGUGUUGGUUAUAUGAUUUUGUGUGACGAUCAUUUAAAACGUUUAAGGGCGCAUAAUUGCUGUGCUAAUUGUGGAAUAUUUUGUACCCAGGGAAGAUUUGUUCUCUGUCAACAAAAACAUUUUUUCCACGCAGAAUGUGCUCAAAAAUUCAUCUUGAAUAGUCCAUACGAUCCAUCAAACACAACGAACUACACUAGUCCAACAUUGGUACUGAAAUGCCCACACUGUGGGCAGGAUACGCCAGAGAAAACAUCAAUUGUUACAAUGAAAUGUCAAACAUUACCAGUAUUUUUACCUAGUCAAAGAGUAUUAAAGUAAAAAUUUAAUUUUUAUUUAGUUAAAUAUGUAAUAAAAACGAAAAUUUCUUAUAAACUUUGUAAGCCGGCAAAAAUGUCUGUAUCAGAUGGUCAACAAUCACAUCAAUUACCUAAAAGAAAAUUACCAGUCUGUGUAGAGCUCGAAAAUUUAAUACCUGAAUCAGUAAUGAAUGUUGUUGUAAGGGAAUCAAAUACGGCACCAACUAACUCAAGUGAAUUCACUUCGCGUGAUAUGUUUUAUGCUGUCAACAAUGACGACUUGGAAAGAGUCGCUGAGAUUUUAGCAUCAGGCUAUGACAUUACUUGUGAAAUGUCAGAAUUAUUAAAUGGUACAUGCUUACAUUUAGUCGCUCAUUUCGGAACAGUUCAAAUGGCAUAUUUAUUGUUGUGCAGAGAAUCAUCUGGUGAAUUUUUGAAUUUGGUUGACAAGGAAUUAAGAACUGCUUUGAUGUGCUCAAUAAUUGGGGAAAAAAUUGAUAUUUUAAAGUUACUUAUACAAUGUGGUGCAAAUUUAACUUUAAAGGGUCCUGAUGGGAUGACAUGUCUUCAUAUCGCGGCUAAAUUGGGAAAUGUUGAAGCGGCACAGUUAAUUGUAGAAAAUCAUAAGAAUAAUACAAGCAUAUGUAAGUUCGAUAAAUUUAUCAAUUCACAAGAUGAUGGUGGUUGGACGGCAAUUGUAUGGGCCGCAGAACUUGGUUUUACUGAAAUUGUUAGUUUAUUAUUAAAUUAUGGCGCCAAUCCUAAUAUAUGUGAUGCAGAAAAUAAUUCAGUUUUGCAUUGGGCAACUUUGUCUAAUCAUGUAGAUACGAUAUCUAUUCUUUUACGUUCGAACAUUGAUUGCAGUAUUCAAAAUAUCACUGGUGAUACUCCACUGCACAUCGCUUGCCGAACAUCAAGUACAAGAGUUUGCCUAAUGCUAAUAGCAAACGGAGCAGACUUAAUGGUUAAAAAUAAAGCUGGUGAAUUGCCUUAUGAUUGCAUAGAUAGCGAAGACAGUCAAUGUGCUAGAGCUGUUGGUUUUAACAUGCAAAUGCGUUCAUUUGGUUCAACAGGAUUGAAAAAUAAAAUUGCAUGCAGUGAUAUUUCAAAUGGACGUGAAAAUAAUCCAAUACAAGUAGUUAAACGUGAUCAUCAUAUAAAAGAUUCAACUUCAGCAUCAUCAUCUGCUAGUGUUUCAACAAACAGUGAAAUAGAUGAGCUACCCUUACCCGAUUUUAAAUAUAUUACAAAAUCAAUUUUAUUACAAAAUUCAAUACAAAUUGAUCAGAGGAUAUCACAAAUGCGUGUAUGCAAUUGCAAUGACAGCUGUAGUACGGAUCAAUGUCAAUGCAGUUUGAUAUCAAUACAAAAUUGGUAUUCACCUGAGGGUAGAUUGAUUGGAGAAUUUAAUUUUGAUGACCCAGCCAUGAUAUUUGAAUGCAAUGAUGUUUGUGGAUGUAAUAAGCUAUCUUGCAAAAAUCGCGUUGUACAAAAUGGAAUAAAAAUUCCUUUACAAGUUUUCGAAUGUGAAGAACGAUCCAAAGGUUGGGGUGUUCGUACUCUUAUUAAUAUACCAAAAGGUUCAUUUAUUGCUGAAUAUAUUGGUGAAAUAUUAACAGAUUUAGAAGCAGAUCGUCGUACAGAUGAUAGUUACUUUUUUGAAUUAGGUGCAUCUGAACAUUGUAUUGAUGCGAAUUUUUAUGGUAAUUUAACACGAUUUUUUAAUCAUUCUUGUUUACCAAAUAUUGUACCCGUACGAGUAUAUUAUGAUCAUCAAGACUAUCGGUUUCCAAAAAUAGCAUUUUUUGCAUCAAAAGACAUAUCAAAUGGUGAAGAAUUAUGUUUCGAUUAUGGUGAUAAAUUUUGGUCCGUUAAACAGAGAUAUUUCACAUGUAAGUGCCUAAAUCCACAAUGCCGAUAUUCAAAAUUAUUAAAAAUUAAUAAACCAACUACGUUUACAUCAACAACUUCACCAUCUGCAUCAUCUAUAUUAGCAUCAUUGACAGCUACAUCAAGAAUACCAGCUGGAACUACAAUUACAACAAUAUCGGCAAAUAAUAAUAUCAUAAAUACUAUAACAAAUGUUAAUAAUAAUGGUGGUAAUUUUAAUAGUCGUAAUAAUAUACCAAAUGUCAGUUUAGUUUUAUAAGUAUAUUAUAUAAUAAUAUUAUAAAAAAAUUUUUUAACAAAAUUGAU